AUGCCAAGUAUUCUGGACUACUUUAAGCCGGUCGGCAAAGAAGAACGGCCUCCUAAAGAUAAUUUAGCUGUGGUUCUACAAGAAAACAAACCUGCAGUCGCUCUGGAUUCGCUUUGCUCGACUUCUGAUGCUCGGCAAAAGUUAAGGAAAAGCUUGCCCACUAAUGAUGACGUGAAACCUUUGUCACAUGAGGCUUCAAAGUUUACGGGAAAGCGACAACAUUACCGCGGUGAUUCUCGAUUAUCUUUGCUCUCCUCUUCAGCGGUUACUUUGGAUCAAACUAUCGAGCUUUCACUUUAUGAAAAAAAGCGACAGAAGAAGAUGGCGGCCAAUGCCAGAUUUCUGGAGAAGAUUGGCAUGAGUUCUACCCACUUGGAAUUGACUAAGCAAGUACAAGGAGAUCACACACGUCAAGCAAAUAAACGUGCAAAAGCAAAGCUGAUACCGGAAAAGCAUUCAGUGCGAAGGUCGAGACGACUCCGUGGUAAUGUUGCUUCCGAAGUUGCCUCCGAAUCACGAAUAUUGUCAAAUGAGUGUGUAGAGAAGGAUGUAAAAUCUGGUGAGCUUGAUACAUCGGUCCUGAAAGCUUCGUUUGUCGAGUCCAAUGUAUUAAAAUACACUGUCAACGAUAAUCACAGUGAUUGGAAUUCGCUGCUGUCUUCACCAUUGGACAACAUAGACCGCGAGCUCGUGGGGUACCACGUGGCUUCACAAUCCUAUUUGUAUGACAAUGCCUUGAAAAAAACCUAUAGCAUUUCAUUCACGUCUUUCAAAGAGAAUGGACUUGGAGCCAUGGGGGGUCACGGUGGUCUUGCGUCAAUAUUUGCACUCUCAGAUCCUUACGACCGAUCAGAAAAGGAUAACACAUUUGCUGAAACGCACAAACCGCUAAUGUCAUUUAAGGCACACAAUGGUUGGAUUGCUGCACUUAGCUUUGCUCAAGGUAUUCAAGAGAGAACAAAUUUACUCUUUACAGUGUCUAAUGAUGCCUCGUUGAAGCUCUGGGACUUGAAUUAUUAUUCUCACGUCUCGAAAACGCCCAAAGAAGUCUUCACAAUAACGAAUCUACAUGAAAAGGGGAUUUUUGGUUUGGACGUCAAGGAGAAUUCAAUCAUUACGUGCUCAAAAGACACCACGAUUGCACUAUCACAACUUCGAACCGAUACGAGUUUGCUUGUGAUCAAACAGCGAUUCAAAGAGCACGAGGGAGUCGUUAAAUGCGUGCGAUUCUCCCACUGCCACCCACAGCUAUUCGCAUCUGGUGGGAAUGAUCGAGUGCUACGAGUUCACGACGUACGCUUAGGUCCAAGCUCUACUGUGGUGAUGAUCCCUAGUGUGCAUUCUCGAGCGAUCAACAGUGUUCAGUUUCACCCUACAAAUGACAAUUUGGUACUCUCAGCAGGCUUCGAUCCUGAUUUCUAUAUGUUUGACGUGCGUAACACGUUAGCACCUGUAUGUACUUAUCGCCAGUACAACAACAGCACCGCAGCGAUCUUCCAUCCACUUUUCAUUGGGGAUGGCUCGAAGAUUGUAGCAGCUCGCGAACAUGAUCUUACAUUGUACAGAACAAGUGAUGGUGACGUCAUCAGUUGCGGCUACAUCGAUAAACCGGCGACUUGUAUAGCCGCGGACCCAUUUAAUGACCGUAUUGCGAUCGCUCAGGGCGGACACCUCCGAUUUGCAAAUGCGAAAUGGGAAACAAAGCGUGGAAUAUAA